AAUAACGAUCACGUGAUCUAAAAAUGGCGGACAAGAGAGCCUUGCCAAGUUGCUGAAUAAGAAUUUUUUAUUAUCCCUAUUGCAGACGACUUUCACACAUAAGAAAUGAGUCUUGAAAACCCCCUGUUGGGGAUGAGCUGGUAUGACAGUGCCUGGGUGCCCCUCCUGAACCCCACCAAUGUACUGGACUAUUUCUGUGAGCGUAGUAACCCAUUCUAUGACCACAUGUGUAACAACCAGAUCAUCAAGAGCCAGCGUCUCAGUCAGGAGCAGCUCAAUAACAUGGUGGGAAUUGAAUAUAUAUUGCUCCAUGUUCAGGAGCCAAUUCUUUAUGUCAUCAGAAAACAACACAGAUUUUCACCUACACAAGUGACCCCAUUAGCAGAUUACUACAUUGUAAAUGGAGUGGUCCAUCUAGCACCUGAUCUCUACUCUGUCAUCAACGCCAGACUGUUGAACACAGUCUCCAGUCUGCAGUCAGCUUUUGAUGAAGCAAUGUCCUAUUCUCGAUAUCAUCCAUCAAAGGGAUACUCCUGGGAGUUUUCAGAAAAAGAGGAACCAGAGAAAAAAGAAUCUUCUGACAAGAAAAAGAAAGAGGAGCCAAGUUCUUUCUUUCAGAGACAGAGAGUGGAUAAUUUGUUGGGAGAGCUUGCUAAAAAGUUCCCACCUAAAGUUGUACAGCCUAUUCAUACAGAGGUCAAAGAAGAGCCUGUGAAACAGGAAGCUGUGGUGAAACAGGAGAUAAAGCAGGAAAAACCAGAUGAUAAAGCCAACAGCAUCAAACCUCCCCCUGAGAAGCGGGCCAAGCUCACGCGGUGACCGAGGGCCCACCAGUGGGUCUAUGACCAACUGGUAGUCCACCACUUUGAGUUACAUGUACAUGUAAUGACUGUCUGUGUGUGAGCUAUACAAAGACACAGUGAGGUGCUAGAACUUGUUGAGUUUAUACAUACAGAUGUGACCCUUCUAGUGCAUGUAUACAAACCUUAUACAAAUGGUACAUGUUUUAUACAGAUCAGAAAGUUCACCUCAUUUUGUUGUGCUAUGUACUGUGUUAUAAAUGGUUGUCUCAUGGACUACAUUGUACAUUAAUAAAAUCCAUGGUAGAUUUCGUAGUUUAAGACAGACUGAUGAUUAACUAUGCUUGUACAUUGUGCUUUACUGGAAG